CAAAUUCGUGUUAAUAAAAAUUCGAUCCGAAAUUUUCGUACGCCAAAAGUAAACUACCUUUGUAACGGGUGCUCCUUCUGGGUGUUGCUUUCUACUAUUUACUCUUUCUUUCUCUCCACUCCUCUGGUCCAAUCAUGAUUUCCAACAGAUGUUUGACCUGGGUGAAAAUUGAUCAACGUUAGGGUCUGAUAAUCUAAGAUUUUGAAGAAGAUGAAUCAAGAAGCAUAUACGAUAGAAGUAACAGGGCUGUCACCCAGGGCUACAGAGAAAGACUUGUACGAAUUUUUCUCUUUUUCUGGUGCAGUCGGUCAUGUUGAAAUCGUCAGAUCUGGUGAUUUUGCGUGUUCUGCGUAUGUUACGUUCAAAGAUGCUUACUCUCAAGAAACAGCAGUCUUACUCAGUGGUGCCACUAUUUUGGAUCAACGUGUAUGUAUAACACGCUGGGGUCAGUACGAAGAUGAGUUUGAUUUUUGGAACAGGCCAUCUCGUGAGUUGGAGGAUGAAACAGAAUCAACUCCCCCUCAGAGAAGUCCAUUUGUUUCUGAUGCUGGAGAAGCACUUGCAAUGGCUCAGGAAGUUGUGAAGACCAUGCUGGCGAAGGGAUAUGUUCUGGGGAAAGAUACUCUAAGCCAGGCCAAAGAUUUUGAUGAGUCUCAUCAAGUUUCAGCAACUGCUGCUGCUAAAGUUUCUGAGCUGAAUCAGAAAAUCGGUCUCUCUGAUAAGAUUGGUGCUGGUGUGGAAGCCGUUAAAUCUGUGGAUGGAAAGUAUCACAUCUCAGAGACCACCAGAUCAGCAGUCUCAGCCACUGGAAGAGCUGCGGCAGCUGCUGCAACCACUGUGGUCAAUAGUAGCUACUUCUCUAAUGGAGCACUGUGGGUGUCAGAUGCUCUAAAUCGAGCAGCUAAAGCCGCAGCUGACUUGGGUAGUCGUAAUGUGAACCAAUGAGACAUAGCAAACAUGGAUACUGGCUUUCAUUGUGUAUAUCAAUACCUCUUGGAAACUACGGCUAGUUGAUAGUUUUAUACUUUGUAGAGGUCAUAAAAGUUUCGUAUAAACUUGUUACUCGUCAAUCUGUGUUGAUUAUAUUCUCACGGAGAGCCAUUAUAGGUUCAUUAUAUGUUGUUUUUUUAGGGUAAGUUUUGUGUAUAUAUGCCUUUGAAAUUCUGUCUCCUGCCCUCUUUCCCAAUAUCCACGAAUUUGAAUUUGCUUCUGUUAAAA